AUUUAUUCAGUAGGAGAAUGCUGAUCGUCUCUAAAUCCAGCACAAGAAGCACUGGUUUCUCCUGAAACUGUACUUUGACUUGUCAGGAGUAGAACUACGACAAGAGCAAUGAGCUUGGUCUGACUGCUGGUUUAAGGAGACAAAAGCUCUGCAGGAAGGCAGCAGACACAGUGAGUCUGCUCAGUGACUGUGCCUGGCGGGAUUUAUGAAAAGGAUGCUGCCGUUAGAGACACUCACCAUCGGCCCCAUGGUGGUUGAUACAAUGUCCCCUCUGCUUCUUCUUCUUCUUCUGCUGCUGCUGCUGCUGCUCUUCACCACCUGGAGCCAAACAAACUGCUCAGACAUACCAGGUCCUCGUUUUCUGGCAGGACUUGGUCCUAUUCUCUCCUACACCAGAUUCUUGUGGACUGGGAUUGGAACAGCAAGCAACUACUACAACAAUAAAUAUGGCAGCAUUGUUCGGGUCUGGAUUAACGGAGAGGAGACCCUCAUUUUGAGCAGCGCCUCUGCCGUGUACCAUGUGUUGAGGAGUGCCCAGUACACAGCCAGAUUUGGGAGCAAAACAGGGUUGGAGUGUAUUGGGAUGGAAGGAAGGGGUAUAAUUUUCAACAGUGAUGUCGCACUCUGGAAAAAAUCAAGGACAUAUUUCUCUAAAGCUCUGACAGGCCCCGGCCUCCAGAGGACAGUGGCGAUCUGUGUGAGCUCCACAGCCAAACACCUGGACAACCUGCAGGAGAUGACUGCUCCCUCUGGACACGUUGACGCUCUCAGUCUGCUGAGGGCCAUAGUGGUGGACAUCUCCAACAGGCUUUUCCUCAAGGUGCCACUCAAUGCGAAGGACUUGAUGGUGAAAAUCCAAAACUACUUUGAGACCUGGCAGACAGUUCUAAUAAAGCCAGAUAUAUUCUUCAAGAUUGGAUGGCUGUACAACAGGCACAAGAGAGCAGGCAAAGAGCUGCAAGAUGCAAUGGAGAGCCUUCUUGAAAUUAAAAGACAAAUGAUUAAUGAAACUGAUAAGCUGGAUGAUGAUCUUGACUUUGCAACUGAGCUAAUCUUUGCCCAGAACCACGGAGAGCUUUCAGCAGAUAACGUCAGGCAGUGUGUGCUGGAGAUGAUAAUUGCAGCACCUGACACGCUUUCCAUCAGCCUCUUCUUCAUGCUGAUGCUGCUGAAACAAAAUCCUGAUGUAGAGUUGAGGAUAGUGGAGGAGAUGACCACUGUCUUGACUGAAAACUUUGAUCAUCAAAAUUUGAAAGUGCUGGAGUGUUUCAUCAAAGAGUCCAUGAGGUUUCAUCCUGUGGUUGAUUUCACAAUGCGAAAAGCUCUGGAAGAUGACAACAUCGAAGGAACUAAAAUUAGAAAAGGAACCAACAUCAUUCUCAACACUGGUCUCAUGCAUAAGGGUGAAUUCUUCCCAAAACCAAAAGAGUUCAGCUUGACAAACUUUGCCAAAACAGUGCCCAGUCCUUUCUUCCAGCCCUUUGGCUGCGGGCCUCGUUCCUGCGUGGGCAAACACAUUGCUAUGGUGAUGAUGAAGGCCAUCUUGGUCACGCUGCUGUCUCGUUACACAGUGUGUCCUCAUCAGGGCUGCACCCUCAGCAGCAUCAGGCAGACCAACAAUCUGUCGCAGCAGCCUGUGGAGGAUGCGCACGGCCUGGCCAUGCGCUUCAUCCCUCGAACGACACAACCUCAGCCCAGUCAGCUCUGAAAUAUAGUGAUCAUGUUACAUUUUGGAUGAAAACUAUGGUGUUUAACUAUUAAAAUGAUGAGUUAGAGCUGAUGAGUUAAUACUACCUUGUGCAAAAACAACUUACACUCUAGACGUCUGGGUCAUCAUGUUUCUGUAUUUUCAUGGAGCAAGUAAAUCUGCCUCACCUUCUUUGAGAUAACUGAGGGUUAAGGAGCACAGUGCGAGGUUUCUGGCUCAUGUGACAUCAUAUGGAAAGCAAGAGCAGACAGGAGUAAAGAUUUUUGGUUUUCUUGAUGUGACAAAGUAAUCAUGACAGAAGCACCAGGAAUAAAUAAGUGUGAUUCUUAAUACACUGUAACUGACUUUUUCUACAUUUGUAUUAACAUAGGCAGAUUUGCAAGCUAAACAAAAAAAAUUUAAAGGACAUAUAGUCAUUUAAUGUAUAGUAUACUGGCUUGGGGUAAAUAUAUUGUUUGUUUAUAGUUCAUGUUAAAACUUUAUUUGUCAUGUUAUGUUAUUUCUUUUAAGAAAAAAAAAAGUUGUUAGACAACUGUCUGUUUAAUGUUUAUUGGUAGAUUAUUUAAUUAGUGUCUUUGUCCAUUCCCUGUGUGUGUUAAUAGUUUGGCCAGCCAGUAUAUAUGUUCCCCAUGUGUAUCAUUUGUAUUGUGUAAUUCUGUUACAGUACAGUUUGCUGUAUUCUGAGUUACCUUUUCUUUUGCGGACCUCUUUCAAAGAUCAAAUUGAUUCCACAAAUGCUGCUUUUACAGCUGUAAGAAAUAACAAGGCAUAGGCCCACUACUUUGUUUAUUUUCUUUCAACAAUUGCCUAAUACUACUGUACUGUAAGUGGGGUUGAUCAGAGUAACUAAAGCAAAAGAGUAAGUUAAUAGCCAUAAAAUAACAAUAAGGUAGAAGUUGAUACUGUACAUUUCUCUGUAGUGCUGAGUGGAGCAUGCAGUUGUGGACUCAUACAACCCCUUUCACAGCACAGUUAUUAUUUAUUGUUAAAAGAUUGUUCGGUGCAACUUAAAAGCAGCUUAAAACUAAGAAUUGAGACAAGUCUUCCACAGAACGGCUUUUAGAGUUUUCCCAAACAGCUUUAGACUUAAAUUGCUGACAGCAAAAUGAAUUAUCAUUAUAAUUAUUGUGUGGAAUUUCAUCAGUGGCGUUUUACAAUCAUUUUAGGUCAAUAAAAUAUUGAUCUAAUUCAGAAAAAGAUCAUAACAAGAUCAUGAUCAAUAGUUAUGUAACCUGUUAUGAUUGCAUAACUAGUAUUGUACAAA